UCCAAACCCCGCGCUGCCUGUGACGUAAACUUGAAGGCGAGGGGUUGAAUGGAGCUCCCAGAAAACACAACCCCCCUAGAUCACAAAGUCUCCAUUCCCGGCUUCUCAUUAAGUACCUGACCACAAAAGUCAAGACAGCCAAACUAGUGAAGCUCCAGUUCAACUCCCGACGAUGCAAGUUCCCCUCAUCCGCCUGCAAUGCGGGGCCAACUCGUACGAGUGGGGGAAGAAGGGCAAUUCGUCUGCAGUCGCCCGUUUCGCUGCGGCGACGCCCUCGACCGACUUCGCGAUUCAGGAUGACAAGCCAUAUGCCGAGUUAUGGAUGGGCACCCAUCCCUCCAACCCGUCUAAAGAUGUAACCACCGGCCGCACCCUCCUCGACCUCGUCCAAGACAACAAGGCGCUCCUCGCCUCGUCCGUCGCCGCCCGCUACGACAACAAGGUUCCUUUCCUUUUCAAGGUACUCUCCGUCAACAAGGCCCUGUCAAUCCAGGCGCACCCCAACAAGAAACUGGCGGAGAAGCUUCACGCGAAAGACCCCAAAAACUACCCCGAUGACAACCACAAGCCUGAGAUGGCCAUCGCCAUCACCCCCUUCGAAGGGUUCUGCGGCUUCCGCCCAUUGGACGAGAUAACCCAUUUCCUAGGGUCGGUCCCCGCGCUGCGACAGCUUGUGGGCGAGGACACGGCCAAGGAAUUCGCCGAGGUAGUCAAGAGCACAAAGGGCGAUGAAUCGAAAGAGGCCGUGGAACGGAACAAGAAGGCUUUACAGAAGGCCUUUGGCGCGCUCAUGUCUUCGUCAGAAACCGACAUGGCUGCUGCUGCGAAAAUCCUCGUCGAGUCCGCAGCGGGUGCCGGCACUGACUUCGCUGGCGGCGGUGUUGCUGCCACUUCCGGGUCAACUCUUGCCGAGCUGGUGAACCGACUCCAUGGCCAGUUCGGGGCCGACUAUGGCCUUUUCGUUCUCUUCUUCCUCAAUUUUGUCACGUUACAGCCAGGAGAGGCCCUAUUCCUCCAAGCCGACGACAUUCACGCCUAUGUCAGCGGCGACAUCAUCGAAUGCAUGGCGAGCAGCGACAACGUAGUCCGGGCGGGCUUGACCCCCAAAUUCAAGGAUGUCGACACCCUCGUGAGCAUGCUAACCUACAGCUACGCACCCAUCGACGAGCAAAAGAUGGAGCCAUGCGACUACCCGUAUGCCACCCUAAACCGGACUGCUUACAGUUCCGGAUCCGAAGUCACCCUCUAUGACCCCCCAAUCGAGGAGUUCAGCGUGGUGCGCUCAACCCUUAGGGGAAACGGGUCCAAGGCCACGUUUGAUCCACUGGAUGGCCCGAGCAUCAUUAUCUGCACUGCCGGCAAGGGCAAGAUCUCGGUUGGCCCGACUGUGCAGGAGGUCAAGGAAGGAUAUGUCUUCUUUGUGGGCGCGAGCGCUGAGUGCGUACUUGAAUCGGAGUCUUCAACCGAUGAGGAUGAGUUCAUCACCUUCAAGGCGUUCUGUGAGGUCGAGGAACAUCGCGGAGCUUCACUGUAAAGCGUGGCGUAUGCUUUUGGGCAUUGGAUACAUUCGACCAGGGUAGAAUACUGAAGCAUAAGCGUAGCUUGUGUGUCUGCACCUCUUAUUACCUUCACUUUAAUUCACUAUACACUCCA